AGAAGAGACCAGACACAGAGGACUGGAGAGAAGAGACCAGACACAGAGGAGUGGAGAGAAAAAGAGUAGGAAGACAGAGGAAGCCACAGAAAGAGGAAGAGACAAGAGGAACACCAGACCGAAGUCCCAGUGACUCAGGCUCUACACUGAAGACUUCUAGAUCCUGAACCUGUGUUAUCAAGGAGCCUCCGUCCUCCUCCCACCCUGUGUGUGUGUGUGUGUGUGUGUGCACCCCUUUCCCUCCUCGUCCCACCCACCAUCACGUCCACCAUGCUGUGGACUGUUCCCCUAGCUCUGCUGGUUCUCCUCUUACUGCAGACCCAGCUAUGUGUCUGUCUACGGGGGCUCCGAGCAGCCGGCUCUUCCUCCUCUCGCUCUCGUAAUGCCACCCAGCAGCGCCUGCCUGGAGCCGUCAUCAUCGGCGUGCGUAAAGGUGGCACCAGGGCCCUUCUAGAGAUGCUCAACCUCCAUCCGGACGUAGAGGUUGCCAAAGCUGAGGUGCACUACUUCAACGUGGAAGAGCACUUCCGGCGGGGGCUGGCGUGGUACCGUGCCCAGAUGCCCUUCACCCUGCCUGGGCAGCUGACGGUGGAGAAGACUCCUGGAUACUUUGCCUCUCCCCACGUCCCAGUGCGGGUCUGGGAGAUGAAUCCUGCUGUCCGACUACUGCUGAUAGUCCGCGACCCCGCCGAGCGCCUCGUCUCCGACUAUACCCAGGUCCUUCAUAACCGUGUGACCCGCCACAAGCCCUACCAGCCUCUAGAGGAGUUGCUGCUCCGGCAGGGCCACAUCGACCCGGCCUACAAGGCUCUGCAGAGGAGCCUGUACCACCAGCACCUGGCCCGCUGGCUGGAUGUAUUUCCCAGGGAGCAGGUCCAUGUGGUGGAUGGAGAGGCCCUCAUCAGACACCCCUUCCCGGAGCUCCGCAGGGCUGAGAGGUUCCUGGACCUUCCCCCGCGCAUUGCUCCCUCCAACUUCUACUUCAACACCACUAAAGGGUUCUACUGCCUCCUCUCUGCCGGGGGACAUGACAAGUGUCUGGAUGAGUCCAAGGGGAGGCCCCACGCUCCUCUCAGCUCACAGGCCUUCAGGAAGCUGUGUGGAUACUUCAGAGAACCCAACAGGCUGUUCUUUGAGAUGGUGGGUCGCUCCUUCAGCUGGUGUUGAACUGAUUGGGACAGAGCACAGAGAGAGGAGAUAGAGAGGGUACAUUGGAGAUAUUGGCCCAUAAUAACAAUAUUUGUUAUCAUAAUUCUGUUGGCUUGCUUGGUUGAUUGAUGGUCCUGUGUGUGACUCAGUUGGUAGAGCAUGAUGCUUACAAUGCCAAGAUUGUGGGUUCAAUUCCCACUGGGGUCUGGUAUGGAAAGAAAAUGCAUGCACUCACAACUGUAAUACGCUGUGGAUAAGAGUAUUUGCUAUAUGACUAAAAAAUGAUUGGUUGGAUGUUUUAAUUUGUGUUUAUUGAUGGGUGAGUGGGUGGAUUAAUCAGUUUCAGGUAGAUGAGAGAUGUGAGGACUACUGCUGCACACAUAGGACUUUAGAGAUCUCUGUGUUUUAAAUGUACUGUCAAUGAGCUUCUGCAAGCCAGGCUGAAACCCUGGGAGUAAGCAGCAUCCCAAGCAAAGACUGUAUAAGAUGACAAGCCCUCAAUGAGGGACACACACAUGAUGUGCAUAUUCAAUAUGGCUGCUCCACCCAUCACAGAUUAGAACCAUGACUUGAAUACGAGACCAUUCUAGUGAUUCAAUGUUUAUGCUACUACCUGCUGGAGAACAUGAACUGAAGUGCCCGUUCUGUGAUACUGUAUACCUGGUGGUCCUAAAACUUCCUGAUCAUCACUCCUCCUGGUGCCUGUCACGUGAGCCUUUGCUCCAGGGAUGAACACUGUCUGAUGCACAAACUGCCAUCAAAUCAAGUGUCAGAAAGGAACUACAAUAACCUGUGCCAUACAAUUGUAUCAUGAACAAUCAGGACACAUAUAUAACUCUUGAAAUACAAUAUCUGUAGCUCCUGCUUCGUACUUUUGACGUUCAUUAAAAUGAGUUCUAGAAGAGACACUUAGAAGAAACAGAUGAGUUCUAGAACAGACACUUAGAAGAAACAGAUGAGUUCUAGAACAGACACUUAGAAGAAACAGAUGAGUUCUAGAACAGACACUUAGAAGAAACAGAUGAGUUCUAGAACAGACACUUAGAAGAAACAGAUGAGUUCUAGAACAGACACUUAGAAGAAACAGAUGAAUUCUAGAACAGACACUUAGAAGAAACAGAUGAGUUCUAGAACAGACACUGUUAAAACCUUAAAAGGAUCGUCCCCUUUUUUUUCCAAUUUUCAUCGAAAAUUACAUACCCAAAUCUAACUGCCUGUAGCUCAGGACCUGAAGCAAGGAUAUGCAUAUUCUUGGUACCAUUUGA